GCCGCGCCGAGACGCCGAGCUCGCCCACCGCCCCGGAGCAGCGGCCGCACCAUGCACGUGAAUGGCAAAGUGGCGCUGGUGACCGGCGCGGCGCAGGGCAUCGGCAGAGCCUUUGCGGAGGCGCUCCUGCACAAGGGCGCCAAGGUAGCGCUGGUCGAUUGGAAUCUUGAAGCAGGUGUAAAGUGUAAAGCUGCCUUGGAUGAGCAGUUUGAACCUCAGAAGACUCUCUUCAUCCAGUGCGAUGUGGCAGACCAGGAACAACUGAGAGAUACCUUUAGAAAAGUUGUAGACCACUUUGGAAGAUUGGACAUUUUGGUCAAUAAUGCUGGCGUGAAUAAUGAGAAAAACUGGGAAAAAACUGUGCAGAUUAAUUUGGUUUCUGUUAUCAGUGGAACCUACCUUGGCUUGGAUUAUAUGAGUAAGCAAAACGGAGGUGAAGGCGGUAUCAUUAUCAAUAUGUCCUCUUUAGCAGGGCUCAUGCCUGUGGCACAACAGCCUGUUUAUUGUGCUUCAAAGCACGGCAUAAUUGGAUUCACACGCUCAGCAGCGAUGGCAGCUAAUCUCAUGAACAGUGGUGUUAGACUGAAUGCCAUUUGCCCAGGCUUUGUUAAUACACCCAUCCUCGAGUCCAUUGAGAAAGAAGAAAACAUGGGACAAUAUAUAGAAUAUAAGGAUCAUAUUAAGGAUAUGAUGAAGUUCUAUGGAAUUUUGGACCCAUCAAUGAUUGCAAGUGGAUUAAUAACACUCAUUGAAGAUGAUGCUUUGAAUGGCGCUAUUAUGAAGAUCACAACUUCUAAGGGAAUUCAUUUUCAAGACUACGAAACAACUCCAUUUCAUGCAAAAGCUCAGUGAACAUCUUAUAUAUCAGCCAUAACUGAAAAUAAGAACAAAUGACUUCUAUUAGACCAUAUCUUCAUUUGAAUAUAGCUUUUUAAACCAAAUGUAAUUGUGUUAUUGUCUGAAGCUUUCCUCCGUGCAUUUGAUAUUAACUUUAUCUCUAAAUGAUUAAUUAGGUAUUUGGAUAAAAACAAUCAGGAACUACCAAAAACAGGGAUGUGAACCAAAGCUAACUUUUGAUCUUUAUAGUCUAUGUAAUGAUUAAAACAAAGGAUAUUCAAGGAAUAUUCUGCCUUUCAGAAAAAUGUAUUUAAAUUUGUGGUACAUAAAUAUUAAUGUUUUUCAGAAUAUCAUUUUAAAGGAAAUACUUGAAUUGUUAUUUAAAUCAAAUCAGAUGUAAAAAUUUCAUUUUGUUUUUAUGUUCUCACUUGAAAAAAGAGAAGCUACCUACAAUGGCAAAUUUUUAGUAACAAUAACUUUUACUUAUACGCCAUCUUUCAGCUGAGCAUUUCAGCUCUUUAAAGAUGUGGCAUAUUUUGGGG